GAAGUCAAAAUGGCGCGUGGUUUGAAGUUUGUACAGAUGUAGUAGGAUCGGAUUUAUUUGCCGAUUAUAGCCGUUCAAAAGAUAAAAAUUUAGCUAUAGAAUAACAUGGUGCCAUCUGAUUUGUCCGAACCUCCGCGCUCGGAAGCUUCUAAAGUGAGGUGGUUCACAGAAGGGGAAACUCGGUGGAGGACUGGUGCUGCUAUUGCCUGGGUGAUGAUAAUUCUUCCAUGUACAUUGUUAAUAUCUUCAGCAGCAGCCUCUAUAGAUCUCUUUCAUCCUGUUAACUGGAUCUCAGAAUGCCUAUCCUUGGUUUUAAGCUUCUCAUUUUGGACAUCUGUUUGUUUUUAUUGUACUGUUAGUGUUGCAGUAUUGCUUUCCUAUGCUAAAUUCAACACAGUGAGAGAUGUAAUUCACCAAACACAAGUGGCAGCGAUCUUGUUUCCUCUUCACCCUGCCAGGAUGUUUCACAUGCUGUUGUUCACAACAUGUGGCAGUCUUUCUGCCUGGUGCUUUUUAGGAAUAAUUGGAGGAGAAGAAGACUAUUUAACCAGAUUGUGUGAAACAUCAGAGGAAUUCUGCUUGAAUGAGCACCUUGUUUUUGGAAUUCUUUUUGGAGCUUGGCUGGGGUUUUAUUCCAGUCUAAAGUACUUCUUGAAGAAGGAAUUUCAUUUUGUAUUUCCAAGAGUUCAGCAAAAAAGAUUUUUCCUGAUAAAGAUGUCGUUAGGAUCAUGUAUAAAGCAGAGUAUUGUCCAGUGUGUUAAGGCAUGUGGAUUGUACUAUAUUUUAUAUUACUUGUUCGGUAACAUUCCUAGAGAUGCUUUGGCCAACAUGCUUGAUGCUCCUCUGGACAAAAGUGUCACGUUGCUCAACACAGUAUAUGGUUUGAUGAAUGUUUCCCAGUUUUGGCAUCUUCUGACAACAGGCUCACUGAUAUUAUUUGUGUGGACAUUUGGCAAAAGACUUCUUGUUAUCUUUCACACACAGUUAUAUACAUUCCCAGUGGAGUCUUCAUUUAGUCAUCAACAGGAUCAAAGUCUUUGUGUUGUGAUCAAGAACAAAACAGUACCUCUGUUAAAGUAUCUUGCAAUGUUUGACCUGUGCCACUUAUCUCAGUUCAGCAGCACAAGAAGAAAGCAGAUUUUCUCUCUCAGUCAACCAAGUGGCCGACCAGACAACUGGACAAUUGUAUCAACAGAAUGUCUCUCCCUUAUUGAAUCUCUUACAACAAAGCUGUCGGCAGAAGUUUCUCUUCAGGUUCAUCUUCAGCAGCCUCCUCUGGACCCCAGAUUUCUGGGUCCUGCACUCACCAAUGGACAUGCAAAUGGACAUGCCAAUGGGCAUGUUAAUGGGCAUGCAGGACAAAGCCCUCCUGUGUUGUCCAGUCCAUAUCAAUCUCCCUCAAGUGUGUCAAGCGUAACAAGAAGACAACAGUCAUUAUCAUCUCCAGGAGCAGUUCAUCUUUGGUCUGAGAAAACUGAUAGCGCACUGAAAAUGCCGUCUCCAUUGAAGCCUAGACAAGACAACAGUUUAAUCAGCCGUGUUAGAAACAAAACGAUCGACAAGGUGGAUGAUUUGGCUUGGAGGCUAAACCAAGUUCCGCACAACAUUGCUCGUAGAUUAAAGCAAAGACCUAUCAUUGGGUUUCUGUUUGAUGAGAUCCCAGAAGCACGAACUCAAGCUAUUUUUACUGACUGUCAGCUUCACAUCUGGGCUGUAGAAGUUCUCUCAAGACUUGUUGCAUGGUCGUACACGGAAGACACAUUUGGUGUGGUGCAAAAGAGCCUCCCAAAAAUCUUUGUCUCACUCUUAAAUUUACUGCAGGCUUUGGACCAGCAUUCCAAGCUUUCCUUGGCAUUAACAUCAAAACCAGAAAUCCAAGCCAGGCCCCGUCAGCCCCAGGGCUAUCAGCUGAGAACAACACUCGUGUCCUCGAUUUACAGAAUAACCGACAUUUUCCACGAACAUUUACGGAAUAUUCCGAUGGCCGUGGAACAUGAAAAGAAGCUUGAAUCGUUUUUGAAAUUCAGAGAGUAGGCGACGAAAAAUCAAAGUUUACUUCUGGCAAAAAAAAACCUUUCAAAGAAAUGAUAAACUACCUGUAAAAAAAGUAGAGUAUAUGAUGAUGCCGUUGACCUCAUUCAGUUUGCGUUGAAAAUAUGUUCUUUUGUAGCUGACCUUGAUAAACAACAAUGUAUUGUUUUAGAACUAGGGCGUAGGGACGUUUGUCGGACCUUUUCGGGACCCUUUCGUUAGGGCGACAGUGUGACGCAAGCGUGCGAGUGUUGACGUGGUAUUUUGAUUGGUUAAUGUAAAAAGUCGGAAAAUCUUCGUGUGUUUCUCCAAAAAUUCGCGAAGAACAACCUUUGUUUACCCAGUCUGGAUAUUUCACCAAAAUCUGAAGUUCAAUUUCAGCGAACGGGUUUCACAAAGCAAUUUCAUAUGAAGAAAAAGGCAGAAAUAGAAUUACGUCUUACUUUAACUAAAAUUGUUUGGAUAGGAAGCGUUACUGUUUGUAUAGUUAAAGAAUCGUGAGUUCCUUAGCUUGGGGAGUUGAAAAAUGUAAGUUCAAUAAAUUAGAUUUACAUGAAAAA